AUGCUCUGGAACGCUGACACCUCCCACAGAGACUCCUUGUCGACCCACUGCGGCAGCUCCGGGGCACUGUUGAGCGGGAAGAACAGCGACGAGUUCUGCACGAGCCCGACAAUCGCCCUGAUCCGGCUCAACAGCAGCGGGAAGUUGAGUCGCGCGUCGUCCUUCACCAACCCCCACGUCGAAACCGGUGUCUUGGCGUACUCGUCUCGGAUAUCCAGCAGUAACUGGUCGGAAAACCCACCCCACGCUGUAUCGAUUUCCGUCACCAAGUUCAGCCCACUCACCAGGUCGCACUUCUCCAAAGCGUACCUGAACGUUGUGUCGACAAAGUCGGUUUCCUUGUUGCCGUAUUCUGCUGCUCCCACGUCUAAGUAUGCCAUGGCAACCAAGAAAACUAACCGCCAGGAUCGUUUGAAGGCACACGCGCACGCGUUUGACGGGCUGCUUUCGCUGAUUCCGGCAAAGUACUAUUUCGACGAGGAGACGUCCAAUCAGUGGCAGCAGAAGAAGCAGACCAAGGGCCAGGCGAAGGAGAACAAGCGGGCGAAGCUGGAUCCGGACGCAAGCAAGGACGUGAGUGCGCAGGCGGAGCAGGAGGCGAAGGCGGAGCACGCGAAGCCGGUUGUUUUGCCGGGGAAGCGUGUGGUUUCUGAGCCUGAGGCAGAGGAGCCAGAGAGCGAAUCGGAGGAGGCUGUGACGGAGGAGCCCGAAGAGCUGCAGCUGGAGAAUGCGACGAUAGUGUUUGAUGACGACGGGGACGGAAACGCGCUUCCUGAGCCGCCUGUUGCGCGCAAGAAGGAGCUGACUCCCGAGAAGCGGAAGGAAAAGGCCGAGAAUCUGGCGCGGCUGCGGGCCAAGCUGGCCGAGAAGAUCAACGUGCUGAAGGAGAAGCGUAAGGCGCCCGGCACAAAGAACUCGAACGUGACGUCGCGGGAGCAGAUUCUCGAGGAGCGUCGCAAGAAGGAGGCUCUGAGGCGGCAGCAAAAGAAGGCCGCCAAGGAGGAACACAGCGACGAGGAGGACGACGAGGUGUCGAGCAGCGACAACGACGAGGUGGACGAGCAGGGCGACGUGGUGAUGUACAAUAAUAUCGAGUUCCACAGUGGCAGCAGAGCCACGUCGGACCUGAGCGGGGUGCGCAAGGUGGGGGGCAAGAAAGGCCCGGCCAACAACGACGUGCGUGCGCAUUUGAGAAAGGCAGAGCAGGAGAAGGCGCGGCUGGCGUCGAUGGACAAGGACAAGGCCCAGGAGGUGGAGGAGAAGCACCGGUGGAACAAGGCCCUGGCGAGCGUGCAGGGCGUGAAGGUGAAGGACGACGUGAAACUGUUGAAGAAGGCGCUGAAGCGCAAGGAGUCCAAGAAGCGCAAGAGUGAGCGGGAGUGGGGCGACAGAAAACAGUACGUUGCGGACCAGAUCAAGGCGAAGCAGGACAGAAGAGAGGAGAAUCUGCGGAUCCGCCGCGAAAACAAGGGCAAGAACCGCAAGCAUCAGACAAAGCAGCUGCGUCAAAUCAUCGACACUCUGGUGGAAGGUCUUUCCAAAUUGGAAUAUAGGGGAUAUGACUCGGCGGGAAUUGGUAUUGAUGGAGAAAACGAGUUUGACGAGUCUUCUCCAGCCAAGGAGAUUGCUAUCUACAAGCAAGUCGGCAAGGUGGCCAAUCUCAAGGACGAGAUCAAGUCCCAUAACUUGAACACGUCCGAGACUUUUGCAAACCACGUUGGUAUUGCUCACACUAGAUGGGCCACCCACGGAGGAGUCACCCAAUUGAACUGCCAUCCUCAGCCUUCCGACCCGAAAAACGAGUUCAUCGUGGUCCAUAAUGGUAUCAUCACCAAUUACAGAGAAUUGAAGACCCUUUUGAAAAGUAAAGGCUAUGUUUUCAAUUCCGACACCGAUACUGAAGUUAUUGCCAAGCUGUUCAAAUAUUAUUUCGACAAAGACAACGACUUGGAGUUCUAUCAACUCGCGAAGGAAGUUCUGUACCAAUUGCAAGGCUCCUACGGUUUGUUGGUGAAAUCCAUCCAUUACCCAAAUGAAUUGGUGGCCACCAGAAAAGGUUCUCCAUUGUUGAUCGGUGUCAAGAGUGAACAAAAGCUCAAGGUCGACUUUGUCGACGUGGAGUUCAUUUCUGACCCAUCAACAGAGACCAGAGGCACCAACGGAAACAGCUACUCUAACUCUUACUUGACAGUUCCAACCACACACGAGAUGGCAUUGAGAAAGUCCGAAUCCAGAGCCAUUCUGCCGGACUACAACAAACCUAUUGAAUUCUUUGUUUCCUCGGACGCAUCUUCGGUGAUUGAGCACACAAAGAAGGUGCUGUUCUUGGAGGACGACGACAUUGCUCACAUUGACAACGGAGAGUUGCACAUCCAUAGAGCUGCCAAAUCCGCAGGAAUGUCCACCACCAGACCGGUGCAUACUCUUGAGAUGCAACUGGCCGAGAUCAUGAGAGGUGGAUACGACCAUUUCAUGCUCAAGGAGAUUUUCGAGCAGCCAGACUCUACUUUCAACACUAUGAGAGGAAGAUUGGACUUCAAGAACAAGAGCAUCACCUUGGGUGGUAUUAAAGAGUUUUUGACCAGUAUAAGACGUUCAAGAAGAUUCCAGAUGAUUGCCUGCGGAACUUCUUACCACUCCUGUUUGGCUGUGAGAUCUUUGUUUGAGGAGUUGACCGAGGUGCCUGUUUCAGUCGAUCUGGCCUCUGACUUUUUGGACAGAUCUCCUCCGAUCUUCAGAGACGACACAUGUAUAUUUGUGUCUCAGUCAGGAGAAACUGCAGAUUCUAUGAUGGCGUUGAAGAUCUGUCGUGCUGCUGGAGCUUUGACUGUUGGAGUGGUGAACUCUGUUGGUUCGAGUAUUUCUCGUGAGACCGAUUGUGGUGUGCACAUCAACGCAGGUCCAGAAAUCGGAGUUGCAUCCACCAAGGCUUACACUUCUCAAUACAUUGCGCUGGUGAUGCUUGCUCUACAGAUCUCGAACCAUGUUGUGACCAACUCAGAGCGUCAUCAAGAGAUCAUCAGAGGACUAGAGGAGAUCCCAUCACAGAUCGAGAAGGUGUUGCAGCAGAAGAAUUUCAUCAAGGAUGUUUCUAACAAGUACUUGCAUGGAAAGGAGUCGAUCCUGGUUGUGGGCCGCGGAUACCAGUAUGCUUCUGCAUUGGAAGGUGCAUUGAAGAUCAAAGAGAUUUCGUACAUUCAUUCUGAGGGAAUUCAAGCUGGAGAGUUGAAGCACGGAGUGCUGGCGUUGGUUGACGAAAAGCUGCCGAUUGUGGCGUUUGCUACCCAGGACGCGUUCUCCGCCAAGAUGAACUCUGCGGUGCAGCAGAUAACAGCACGUGAUGGCCACCCGAUCAUCAUUGCGACCGAGGGUGAUACACUAAUAGAACAUUCCAAGGCAUCUGCGGUGAUUGAGGUUCCCAAGUCCGUUGACUGUUUGCAAGGUCUGUUGAACAUUAUUCCUUUGCAGCUGAUGAGUUACUAUCUGUCUGUUGCAGCCGGAAACAACCCUGAUCGGCCAAGAAAUCUUGCUAAGUCAGUCACUGUUGAAAAGCCGCGGCCCACCGCCACACGUGCGGCGUCGAUUUCGGCCCAUACUUCCAGAGCAUCAAAUCCCCAACUUUCAUUCCCCUGUCUUGAGAAGUUGGAGCAGCGGUCGCAGUCUUUGGUCGAAAACGGACCUGAGCCGGCCUAUUCCAAGGUCACCGAGGACAAGGCGGAGAUUUUCCGUUCUUACGAGCCUAUUUUCCUUGAUUACGGAGGUUUUCUACCCCAGUUCCAAGUUGCUUAUGAGACUUGGGGAACGCUCAACAAGGACCGUUCGAACGCCAUUUUGUUGCAGACCGGACUGUCUUCCUCCUCACACGCCCAUUCCACCGAAAAAAACCCGUCCAAGGGCUGGUGGGAGAACUUUAUUGGUCCCGGCAAGUAUCUUGACACCGAUAAAUACUUUAUUGUGUGCACCAACGUGAUUGGCGGCUGUUUUGGAUCCACGGGUCCGUCGUCAAUCGACCCGGCCGACGGCCAGGUCUACGCCACGCGGUUCCCUAUCCUGUCGAUCAACGACAUGGUGAGAGCCCAACACCGUCUGGUCAAGGACCAUUUGGAGAUCGAUAAGCUGUUGGCCGUGAUGGGCUCGUCCAUGGGCGGAAUGCAGUGUCUUGCGUACGCCCACGAGUUCACCGACGAGGUCGACAAGGUGAUCAGCAUCUCUGGUUGUGCCAGAUCGCACCCGUACUCCAUCGCCAUGAGACACUGUCAAAGACAAGUGUUGAUGACCGAUCCAAACUGGAAUAAAGGCUACUACUACGGGUCUUUGCCGCCACACACGGGAAUGAAGCUUGCCAGAGAAAUCGCCACCAUCACAUACCGGUCUGGUCCCGAGUGGGAGUCGCGGUUCGGCGUCGAGAGGUCAGACCCUUCCAAACAGCCUGCUCUGUGUCCGGACUUUUUGAUCGAGACGUAUUUGGACCACGCGGGAGAGAAAUGGUGUCUUCAAUACGAUCCGAACUCGUUCCUGUACAUCUCCAAGGCCAUGGACCUGUUCGACAUGGGUCUGGCUUCCAGAUCAAAGGCAUACAAGAGCCGGUUGCAAACCCAGGCUAAGUAUAAUGGCGAGGUUGUUCCUGACGAGGAGCUCGAGUACAAGCCGUUGAACCAGUGCAGUUUUGACGAGCCUAUCAAGGAGAACAAGCGGACAAGAAGACUGACCCCCGAGGAGUCGUCGCGCGAUCUGAUGCUUGGACUCUCCAAGUUGUCGAAGAAACAGGUCCUGGUGAUAGGUGUCGAGUCCGACAUCCUGUUUCCGGCCUGGCAACAGCGCGAAAUGGCCGACCUGCUCAGACAGGGAGCCAUCGAGACCGGCGGAGACGCUACCAACAUCCACCACGUCGAGCUGGCCAAAGAGGACAGCUAUUACGGCCACGACACGUUCCUGCUUGCUCUGGACCACAUUGGCCAGCCGGUGAGCGAGUUUUUGAAAAAAUAG